AUGGCCCUUGAAGGGCGUCACAAAUUUGGGUAUUUAACUAAUGAGAUACCGAGACCAAGGCCAGGUGAUCCUCAAAAGCGUGUUUGGAAAGGAGAAGACUCCUUGCUUCACUCGAUGUUGAUUGACAAAAUGGAACCACAAAUAGGCAAACCUCUCAUAUAUGUUGCAACCGCUCGAGACAUUUGGGAUGCUGUUCAGAAAUUAUACUCCAAGCGGAAGAAUGCGUCACGGUUAUACACCUUGCAGAAACAGGUCCAUGAAUGCAAACAAGGGACCAUGGACAUUACAUUCUAUUUUAACAAGUUUUCCUCAAUAUGGCAAGAGAUGGACUUGUGUCGGAAAAUUGCCUGGGAUUGUCCUUAUGGUAGAGUACAACAUACAAAAAUGGAGGAAAUUGAUCGUGUCUAUGAUUUUCUUGCUGGUUUGAAAACCAAAUUUGAUGCGGUUCAUAGCCAAAUACUAGGACAUAGACCGGUCCCUUCUCUUAUGGAAGUCUGUUAG